CAGAAAUUUCCUCUCAAUUUCCCUUCAACAAAGAAAAGAAGAAAAAGCCACCUCAUGCCUAUGAAGAAAACAGGGCUGUUCGCCGCCUCCGUCGCCGCUGCCUCCGCCACCGCCCUCUCUGCUCCGUCGUCCUCCGCCGGCGUCCUCAAAACCACCUUUUCCCAUCAGGAAAAGGUCAUCAGCAGAGAUGAAGAAACUAGUCCGUCGAGAAUAUCUCCGCCGUCGACAGCGCCGGAUCAAUUCGCUCCGAGAUUCGAUGGGCUGCGAUUCAUUGAAACUCUGGUCACUGCUCAUAGAUGAUAAGCUUGGGAACUGGCGAUAAAUGGCCCGUCUUUUUUUUUUUUUCUUUUUCUUUCUUUUUUUCUGUAUUAUUAUUAUUAUUAUAAAAAAAAAAAAAAAAAGAUCAAUCACAGUGAGGAAUGAUCCCCAAUCAUGUAUUACAAGUGGUGGGUUUCGUUUUGUUCCUUCUCGUAACUCGACCAUAUAAUAUAUUUAAUGUAAUGACAUAAUAUAUACUUUUUAUA